AGUAGCUAGAUAGGAAAUAGGGGGCCUCGAGAGAGGGGUGGUUAGUUGUAGGUGGGUGGGAUAUAAAUACCUGCAGUUGACAGGGGCGGCAAAAAGCUGAGGGCAUGACAGACACUGGCUUACCUGCAUCUGUAAUAGAGAAAAAGAGACAGGGACAUGCAUUGCAGAGGCCUUAGUGAGAGAAAGCUAGAUAGUUGAGAAACACCUUUGAGCAGAUACAUCAGUGAUAGUAACUUGAACCGGAAACUCAUCGCUAUUCAUCUUUGAGUUCUGGCUGAAGUGCUGACAUCUAUGUCUCUUAGAGAGAAAAAGGUAACCAUUGACAGUUUUCUACCUGCAAAUUCCCAAGUGACUGAAGGGAGAACUGUGCUUGGCUGAAUUAGGGAGAAAAGAACAAGCAAGGAAGACGACAGAAGAAGUGAACAAAGACAAGACACGGCUAGAAAAAGACAAGGCAGAACAAGAGAAGGCCAAAGAAGACGAGACAAAGACAAAAGGUAAGACGAGGUAAGACAAGACAUAACAAGACUCAAGAAAGGAAGGGAACAGAAGAUAUUUCAAGAGGACGAUAAAAAGACACAGGACAAGGAAAGCAACGAUGGGAGGCAAGACCAAUUAAAGCAAGAGAGGGCAAGGCAAAGAAAGGAAACCAGUUAAGGGAUCACGUCAAACUUCAGUGUACCAUUGGGACCAUUCGAGAGAGGCCAGAGAAGAAUGGCAUGCCAGGCAUUCAGCGGCGACUCCUUCACCCCACUUUCAGGCGAUUCACCCUUGCCAAUCCUCAUGCACCACGCCUCUCCCGGUGACUGCCUGCCAGCCAGCUCCCAUGCUCACAGCAUGGUUUCUGCAGUAUCAUCUGGACUGUCCCUGGGUCAGCCCACCAAGCGCUCCCAUAUGCAUCUGUCCACAUCCUCCUUCGGCAACGCCCCCCCCGGCCUACAUUACCCAGUCACCCCCUGUCACUACAGCAACCAGCAGGCCACCUACGGCAUGAUGGCAGCUCAGGAGAUGCUUUCUGCCAGUAUUUCUCAGACUCGUAUCCUGCAGACAUGUGGUGUCCCUCACCCCAACAUGGUAGGCAGUGCAAACCCAUUGCAAGGGUCUCUUACUCCUUGCUUGUACAAGUUUCCAGACCAUGGUCUAAGUAGUGGUUCGUGUGCACUAAGUCAUGGUUUCUCCUCACUGCCACCGGCCCUCCUCUCCACUGAUGAGGCUCCUGGGGGCCCGAGUAUUGGAGAGAUGAAAACUGACGGCCAGAGGAAGAGCAUGCGGGACCCAGAAGAUGUCCCUGCCAUGGACUCCCCGCAGAUACGAGAGCUGGAAAUGUUUGCCAAUGACUUCAAAAUACGGAGGAUCAAACUUGGCUACACACAGACUAAUGUAGGCGAGGCUCUUGCAGCAGUGCACGGCUCAGAGUUCAGCCAGACCACAAUCUGCCGCUUUGAAAAUCUACAGUUGAGCUUCAAGAACGCCUGCAAACUCAAGGCCAUCCUGGCUAAAUGGCUUGAUGAAGCUGAGCUGGCUGGUGCAUUGUACAAUGAUAAAAUAGGAAUGAAUGAGCGGAAGAGGAAAAGGAGAACAACUAUCAGCUUGGGAGCUAAGGAGGCUCUGGAGCACAGCUUUGUGGAAAAGAGUAAGCCAUCCUCCCAGGAAAUAGCCCGGAUAGCUAAAGGCCUCCAUUUGGAGAAGGAGGUGGUCAGAGUCUGGUUCUGCAACAGACGCCAAAGAGAGAAACGGGUCAAAACCAGCCUCAACCUCAGCUCCUGUUUGAGCAAACUCAGCCCACACUGCAUUGUACAGAUGAGUAAAACACAAAGACCAAUGACAUAGUUGAAGAUUCAGCUAGUGUCGCUCACCUCGAGUCUGAUGGAGCCUCCUUCGUGACCACAGCCAGUGAAAAUGGAUUAUUUCUAAAUCAGGGAACACCCAAUGAUAAAAACUGCCCUCACACUGCAUUAAGCAGCUGCUGACGCACUUGAAACUAUUUCAUUGCUAUAACAAUGACAUGAUAAUUUAUAUUCUGUGAAGGUCAGCCUGACAAAAAAACAACUGAGAACAAUCCAACUCUAAGAAAACAUGCGUCAUUGUCAGUUUGUAACUUGACUCCAAAGUGACAAAUGUUUUGAUCUAAAGAGACAUCCCUUAUUGCAAUCUGCUGCAGUUUUCUUAAUGCCAUUUUACCAGAAAUAUGUCUUUACAGUAUUUUAAUCUCCACGUCCCAGAAAAAUCCACUAUAAAAAAAGUAUAUGAAUGCCAAAUAGCAGCUCAGUAAGUUUUUUUUGUUGUUAUUGGAAGUUGAUACUGUGAAGAUAAAAGGCUUUCAUUAACCACAUAUGAUCUGCUGGUUUGACGCUGCAGCGACCAUGACCUGACAUUUAGAUCUUCACUGUGCCUUGUUUGCUAUAUGCAUGCUGAAAGUAUAUUAGUUACACAAAUCAAAUAUAAUGUAAUCUACCAGCACCAGAGUGCAGGUGAGCACUCGU